GGUAGUUUCAUGUUUGAGGAAGUGAAACUCACACGGUCGUUGUUACUGAGAGCUAAAAUGGCGCAGAGAGGACUUCAUCUGGACAGAAAUAACUUAUUUUGUUCUAUCUGUUUGGAUCUACUGAAGGAUCCAGUGACUAUUCCCUGUGGACACAGCUACUGUAUGAACUGUAUUAAAGAACACUGGGAUGGAGAAGAUCAGAGGAGAAUCCAAAGCUGCCCUCAGUGCAGGAAAACGUUCAGACAAAGGCCUGCCCUGUUGAAGAACAUCAUGUUACCAGAAUUGGUGGAGGAUCUGAAGAAGACUGUACUCCAAGCUGCUCCAACUUAUCACUGCUAUGCCAAACCUAAAGAUGUGGCCUGUGAUGUCUGCACUGGCAGGAAGCGGAAAGCUGUCAAGUUCUGUUUGAUCUGUUUGGCCUCUUAUUGUGAUAGUCACCUCCAAACUCAUUACAGUGCUCCUCCUUUAAAGAAGCACAAGCUGGUGAACCCUUCCAAGGACCUCCAGGAGAACAUCUGCUCUCGUCAUGAUGAGGUGAUGAAGAUCUUCUGUCGUACUGAUCAGCAGUGUAUCUGUUAUCUCUGCUCUAUGGAUGAACAUAAAGGUCAUGAAACAGUCCCAGCUGCAGCAGAAAAGACUGAGAAGCAGAAGGAGCUCCAGGUGAGUCGACAACAAAUCCAGCAGAGAAUCCAGGACCAAGAGAAAGAUCUGAAGCUGCUUCAACAGGAGGUGGAGGCCAUCAAUGUUUCUGCUGAUAGAGCAGUGAAGGACAGUGAGAAGAUCUUCACUGAGAUGAUUCGUCUCAUCCAGAAAAGAAGGUCUGAUGUGAAGCAGCAGAUCAGAUCCCAGCAGGAAACUGAAGUGAGUCGAGUCAAAGAUCUUCAGGAGAAGCUGGAGCAGGAGAUCACUGAGCUGAAGAGAAAAGAUGCUGAGAUGAAGCAGCUCUCAAAGACAGAGGAUCACAACCAGUUUUUCCACAACUACCCCUCACUGUCAGCACUCAGUGAGUCUACACACUCAUCCAGCAUCAAUAUUCGUCCUCUGAGAUACUUUGAGGAUGUGACAGCAGCUGUGUCAGAGCUCAGAGAUAAACUACAGGACAUCCUGAGAGACACAUGGACAAACAUCUCACUGACAAUCACUGAAGUUGAUGUCUUGCUGUUAAGACCAAAACCAAAAACCAGAGCUGACUUCUUGAAAUAUUUUCAACACAUCACUCUGGAUCCACAUACAGCAUAUAAACAUCUAUUUCUGUCUGAGGAGAACAGAAGAGCUGCAUUGAUGAAACAACAACAGUCUUAUCCUGAUCACCCAGAAAGAUUCAUUGAUUCUAAACAGGUUCUGAGUAGAGAGAGUCUGACUGGACGUUGUUACUGGGAAGUGGAGUGGAAAGGGGGAGGCGUCAAAGUGGCAGUUUCAUAUCACAAUAUCAGCAGAGCAGGUAACUCGCACAAAUGUGCAUUUGGAUUCAAUGACAAAUCCUGGGCAUUACAUUGUGAUAGCAACAGUUACACAUUUUAUCACAACAACAUUAAAACCCCAGUAUCAGGUCCAGUUUCCUCCAGAAUAGGAGUGUAUCUGGACCACAGAGCAGGUAUUCUGUCUUUCUACAGCGUCUCUGAAACCAUGACUCUCCUCCACAGAGUCCAGACUACAUUCACUCAGCCUCUACAUGCUGGGAUUCAGUUCUUUUACUACUAUUUUUACUAUUCAGGAGGAGACACAGCUGAGUUCAUCAAACUUUAAUAGGACUAGUUGGUUUAAUUGUGUAAUUAGUUCCAUAUGUUUUGCUGUGAGAUCAUUGUUUUACUAUGUCCUCAUUACUGAAAGUUCAACUGUCAAUCAUUCUUCAUGGGAGGUACUUUGAAAUUUGAUUUAUCUUGUUUUUGUUUAGGUUUAUUUAUGGAACAGGAUGCUAGGCUAUAGAUACUGUAAAAUAACAUAUAUCCACAUGAACUAAUUCAUUUUGUAAAUUUUACCAGACCAAUGCAAUGUUUGAUUUAUUGAUUUGUGUAACCUAAAUUGAUUUUAUGUCAUUUUACUUUGUACAUAAGUUACAUUAAUAAAGCUGUUUUACCUUG